GUGGGCGUGGUUUCGGAGCGCAGGCGCGUUAUUCAAACAGAGCGAGACGACCGUUGAGAAUCAGACAGCGAGAGACAGCGCGAGACAGCUCCUUUCAGGCAGAGGGCUAUGUGAUUGGGAGCUGUAUAAAGCACAUCCCUAUAGCAGGCCGAGACAUCACCUACUUCAUCCAGCAGCUCCUCAGAGACAGAGAGGUCGGGAUUCCUCCAGAACAGUCUCUGGAGACCGCAAAGGCAAUCAAGACACAGAAGAACAUGGUGUCCACAAGAGCCUCCAGUAGGAGGAAGAGAUUUACGGACCAGAGCAGUUUCCAAAAACACCAGCGUAUUCACACUGGAGAAAAACCAUAUCCGUGUUCACAGUGUGGAAAGAGUUUUGCUGACUCGGGUACUUUCCGAAAACACCAGCGCAUUCACACAGGAGUGAAGCCGUAUUACUGCUCACACUGUGGAAAGAGUUUUAAUCGAGGUAGUACUCUCCAAGAACACCAACGCAUUCACACAGGAGAGAAGCCGUACCCGUGCUCACAGUGUGGAACGAGUUUCGCACGGAAAAAUGCACUCCAGCAACACCAGCGCAUUCACACAGGAGAGAAACCAUUUGUGUGUGUGCAGUGUGGGACGAAAUUUUCUCACAGGUCUGCUCUCAAAGCACACCAACGUAUUCACACAGGAGAAAAGCCGUAUUUCUGCUCACACUGUGGAAAGAUUUUUAAUCGAGAGAGUACUCUCCGACAACACCAGCGCGUUCACACAGGAGAGAAGCCGUAUUUCUGCUCACAAUGUGGAAAGACUUUUAAUCGAGAGAGUAAUCUCCGAGUACACCAACGUAUUCACACAGGAGAGAAGCCGUAUCAGUGUUCACAGUGUGGAAAGAGUUUUGCUGACUCGGGUACUUUCCAAAAACACCAGCGCAUUCACACAGGAGUGAAGCCGUAUUACUGCUCACACUGUGGAAAGAGUUUUUAUCAAGAGAGUAAUCUCCGACAACACCAGCGCAUUCACACAGGAGAGACACCAUUUAUUUGUAUAGAGUGUGGGGCAAAAUAUACUCACAAGCGUUCUCUCAAAAGACAUGAACGCAUCCAUGCAGGAGAGAAGCCGUAACACUGCUCCAUGAAGACAUGCUGUGUUAAGCUUGGACUGGAAGGUCUGGAGAGUCCUACACAAUGCCUUGACCUCAAGCCCACUGAACACCUUUGGGAUGAACUGGAAUGCCUAAUGCAUGCCAGGCCUCCUCGCCCAAUAACCAACCUCUACUGCGCUUGUGGCUGAAUGGGUGCAAAUCCCCACAGCCACACUCCCGAAUCUAGUGGGAAGCCUUUCUAGUAGGGGCUUUAUAUAACAGCAGGGGGACACACUCCUCAUUAUUUCCCAUGGAUUUGCAAUGGGAUGUUCAACAAGCACAUAUGGGAGUGAUGGUCAGGUGUUUGGAUGUAAUAGUGUACUUUUAACUCAUCCAAAUUUGUUAAUGUUAACGUCCAACCUAGUAAUCUGUUAAUAAUUUAAUUGAUAAUUCAAAUGUUAAAAAUUAAUUUUAAUGCGAGAGUUAAUGCAGUUAUUUUAUAUUUGAUUCAUUGGUCAGUGGUGCAUUGUCAAGUAUGAUGAUGUUUACUCUGGGACUGUCCUUGAAGUCAGUGAAACACAUGUGAGAGUGAAGUGCAUGCAUUGAUCAGAAUGGCUUUUUCUGGCCCAGGCGAGACGAUGUGCUGUGGUACUUGUUUGAAGAUAUUCUCAGGUUAAUUCCUUCCCAAAAGCAAGUGACAUCACUUCAUGUUCAAAUAAGCAGAGAAAUAUGGAAGGAGCUCUCAGCAUCACAACGUUAAGCAUUAAACUGUUCUGUCUCUUUCUCUCCUCUUUCCCACUCUCUCACAAACACAUCAAAUAUGAGCUAUUUUGGUUUCAUUCAAGAACUUGUUCUCUAACAAUUUAAGCGGGUGCAAACUUGUUCAGUAUCCAGAUUCUGUUCAAUAUCCAGUUGCAGUGUGUGCAAACUUGUUCAAUAACACAUAUUUUUUAAUGUUGUUGUAAGUAUAACAUAUGAUCUAUGGUUUCUUGUUCAUUUCUCUACUUUCCCAUGCCCAGUCAUCUGUGUUACCUUUGUCAACUAUGUUUCCGUAUGGUCAACUGUGUUACUGCUCAGUUUUUAAUUUUUAAAAAUACUUGGUUGUCUACUGUACAGAAUGUUUAGUGUUAAGAGACUACCAGAGGUGUCCUUUGUCCCUCAAGGUCCCCCCCCCCCCCCCCCCCCCAAAACUGCAUGUACAAAUUUGACUUGUUUGAGAAAAUAUGAAGACCAUUUAACUACUUUUGUGAAAAUAGAGAGUUAUUACAUCUCUAAA